AUGACCCGAUCAGCUGAAAUUGAGUUUUUAAAAGUUUAUUUUGUUUUUAUUCUUUUAUCUUAUUUUGGUGGUAAAUCAAUUAUGACGAAACUGAACUUUUAUUCACUUGAAAAAACACCUUAUUUAAACCCUAGAACUGAUAGAAGAGUGGCUGUGGUGACUGGAGGCAAUUCAGGAAUUGGAUGGUAUGAUUGUCUUCAUUUGUAUUUACACGGUUGGACCAUUUAUGUGGUUGGUAGAAAUGAACAGAAGGUUACUUCUGCUAUUCAAAAAAUAGAAGAGGAACUGAAAGUUACUAUUGCAAAGUACCCUGAAGAUCAGUUGAACAAAAGACCAGUGGGGUCAUUGAAGUAUGUACAUGGAGAUUUCACUGAUUUAGCUAGUUGUGAUAAAGCAGCAAAGGAAAUCUUGCUGCAUGAGAAACUUAUUCAUUUGGUUAUUUUGAAUGCUGGCGUGAUGGCUUUACCAUUACAAUUUACCAAAGAUAAUUUGGAAAUCCAAUAUCAAACUAACGUAACAAGUCAGUUUCUUUUGACUAUGAGGUUAUUGCCAGCUGUGAAGGCAGUUGCUGAACAAGGCCAAAUCGUUCCUCGUAUUGUAUUCCUUAGUUCUCUUGCUCAUACAAUGACUCGAAGCUUUGUUAAACCAGGCGACAAAUCGCUUUUUAAAGGACCAAACUUCCUAAAGACAUGGAUGAGAUAUUCUCAAAGUAAAUUGGCAGAUAUCCAUUUAGCCAAACAACUUGCUCAAAGAUACCCCAAGAUUCUUACUUCCUCAGUACAUCCUGGGGUUAUUGUUGACACAGAAUUGUACAGCCAUUGGAAAAAGCUUCCUUUAAUCGGAGUGUUUGCCAGAGGAUUCAUUGGACUUACAGGGAAACUUGCAGGUGUUUCCCAAGAAGAAGGUUGCUUAUCUACCUUGCGUGCAGCUACAGAUCCUAGUCUUACAUUAGAAAAGGACAAUGGGAAAUACUACGAUGCGGGAGGACCACAAAAGGAUCCUUCUGAUAUUGCCAAUAAUGUUGAGAAUGCAAAAUACACUUGGAACUGGAAUGUUUUGGAAUUGAAGGGUAGAGGCUUUGAUGUGGAAGAAGCAUAG